AGCUAUCCCCAACCUCUCUCCGCACGCCUCCUCUCUUCUCUCCAUCAUCCAUCUGACACGACAUGGAACCGCACUUUCUAUCAUAAAUCCAUCCUGAAAUUUCUUCAUAGUUCUUAGCUUUUUAGCUCGGCCCACGAUGAAGGAGAAAUCCAUCAUGGCUCCCUCCGAAUCAACGCCGUUGCUCUACGUUCAGGUCGCUCCCCAACGUCAUCGGUAUCCACACCAUACCUUGCGUCGAUUUUGCACUUCCAUCCUGGGAUUGACCCUUUUCCUCUCUCUGGUUGUCUUCUUGAUCCCAGUUGCUCUCCUCCCACGAGGAUAUCGGACUUAUAUCCCCGGGGCCCAUUCGCUCCCACACGCAGCAUGGCCGCACGGAAAUGGCCUCGGCUACCAGGAACUCCAAGCUCUUCUUCAGGAAAUCCCAUCCGCAGCAAAGGCUAAGGAGUGGAGUGAUUACUAUACUGCAGGCCCUCAUCUUGCUGGCAAAAAUCUGACACAGGCUCUCUGGACUCGGCAGAAGUGGCAGGAGUUUGGUGUGCAGGAUACUGGACUUGCGGCGUACGAUAUCUAUCUCAACUACCCGGCUGAUCACCGCCUGGCAUUGUUGAAAAAGACUGGAGAUGCAUCCCCCGAAGUCACUUUCGAAGCGACGCUCGAGGAAGAUGUCCUUAAGGAAGAUCACACCAGUGGCCUCCCUGAUCGCGUGCCCACCUUCCAUGGGUACUCUGCCAGCGGCAAUGCCACUGCUCAAUUCGUUUAUGUGAACUUUGGUACAUAUGCCGACUUUGACGACCUUGUCAAGGCAAAUGUCAGUCUUAGCGGGAAAAUUGCCCUCGUCAAGUAUGGUCGGAUUUUCCGUGGACUUAAGGUGAAGCGGGCGCAAGAGCUUGGUAUGGUCGGUGUAAUCAUGUACGAUGACCCACAGAGCGAUGGUGAAAUCACCGAGGAAAAUGGCUACAAGCCAUAUCCCGAGGGUCCCGCCCGGAACCCCAGCGCUGUGCAAAGAGGCAGUGUGCAGUUUUUGAGCUUCGCUCCUGGUGAUCCUACGACUCCCGGAUAUCCGUCUUUGCCUGGGUGUGACCGACAGGAUCCUUCUGAUGCGAUUCCGUCGAUUCCUUCCAUCCCGAUCUCUUACAACGAGGCUCUGCCUUUCCUGAAGGCUCUCAAUGGCCAUGGCCCUAAGGCAUCGGAUUUCAACCAGUACUGGCAAGGCGGUGGACUCGCGUACAAGGGUGUGGAGUAUAACAUCGGGCCUUCUCCGGAAGACGUAGUCAUCAACCUGUAUAACCAACAGGAGUACGUUACCACCCCACUGUGGAAUGUCAUUGGAACUAUCAAGGGCUCUAUCCCAGACGAGGUGAUUAUCCUGGGCAACCACCGUGACGCAUGGAUUGCAGGCGGAUCAGGAGAUCCGAACAGUGGAUCUGCUGCCCUCAACGAGGUCGUUCGCAGCUUUGGUGAGGCACUCAAGGCCGGGUGGAAGCCGCUUCGCACAAUUGUCUUCGCUAGCUGGGAUGGAGAAGAGUAUGGAUUGUUGGGGUCUACUGAGUGGGUAGAGGAAAACCUUCCCUGGCUUUCGAAGGCGAAUGUCGUAUACCUUAAUGUCGAUGUGGGCGCCUCGGGAACCCAUUUUAAGGCUAGUGCCAGUCCCCUCUUGAACAAGGUGAUUUACGAAGUUGCCGGACUCGUGCAAUCUCCCAAUCAAACGGUCGCGGGUCAGACUAUCCUUGAUGUCUGGGAUGGGAAAAUCAACACCAUGGGCAGUGGAAGCGACUUCACUGCUUUCCAGGACUUUGCCGGCGUUCCCAGCUUUGAUCUUGGGUUUGGCCGUUCGAGCAACGACCCUGUGUAUCACUAUCACUCCAACUAUGAUAGCGCUGACUGGAUGGACCGAUUUGGUGACCCGAGCUGGCGCCACCAUGAAGCCAUUGCCAAGGUUUGGGCGUUGGCAGCGGCCCAGCUGUCAGAAACUCCGGUGCUUGCCCUCAAUGCCACUGAUUAUGCGCAUGGUCUCGGCGACUACUUGGAAAGGAUUAAGCCGAAUGCGGAGAACCUGCCCAGCGGCUCCAACUUUAGCUUUGAUGAUUUGAAUCUAGCUAUUGUACACCUCCACAAUGUUGCGGCGCAGUUUGAUGCUCAAGCAGCUGAAUUGGCCUCCCAUCUGGAUGAUGACCUCCCCUGGUACUUGUGGUGGAAGAAGAUCGCCUUGUACGUGCAGAUUCGGAACGUCAACAGCAAGUACAAGGGCAUUGAACGUGAGCUCUUGUACCAGCCUGGUCUAGACGGGCGCAAUUGGUUCAAGCACGUGGUGUUUGCCCCUGGCAUAUGGACCGGAUAUUCGGGUUCAACGUACCCUGGUCUGGUUGAGAGCUUCGAUGCAGGUGAUGUUGCCAAUGCAAAGAAAUGGAGCUCUAUCAUUCAGGAGCGAAUCUACUCUGCUGCCAAGCUGCUGGAGUAAGUAAGCCUACGGGCUGUCGAUAUCGACGUACAUCAAACACUGUUUUACGAAUAUUUGACUUUAAGACACAUGAAGCAAAGGAAAUUGGUAUAUAGUUAUCUCUGUCUUGUAUGAUAGCCACCCCAACAGUUUGGCUUUGAAUCUAGUAUUAUUGGUAGACCAGUUGGAUGGAUGGUUGCACAGCAGAUGUUCUGACUGGGCGGGCCUGUGUACAAUACUCGAACUAUAUACGGGCAUACUGAAUGCAAAAGUUGGACACAC